CAGAUCUGAUGCCAACAGACACAACGUGGAUCUGAAGUGACCUGAACCGACGCCAGUCUGCACACACGGCUGCCUGCUUCACAGCAACACCCGGAUCUCUGCUGUCAGGAUACUGUUUGUACUAGCAUUAUAAGCUAGUGGUUUGCUACUUGUCAGGGUUGUAGCUUUGGCCAGCCACAUAAGGUACCCACAGUUUACAAGUGCAUUGACCAGCUAGCUUUAGCAUAUUAGCAAGGAAGCGUCAGAUAACUGUGGAGAGGCAUACGGAGGGAAGCCCACUAUCCCAAUGACCAUGACUGCAGACGAACAGGCGAAAGAAGGACUGGCCACGAUCCCGAUGGAAGGAGAGGACAUCACGCCGAAGAAGGAUGGGGGGGUGCUAAAGCUGGUGAAACGGGAAGGAACAGGUGAAGAGCUGCCCAUGACUGGAGAUAAAGUCUUUGUACAUUAUGUGGGCACACUUCUGGACGGAACUCACUUCGACUCAAGCAGAGACAAGGGAGAGAAAUUCUCCUUUGAGUUGGGCAAAGGUCAAGUGAUAAGGGCAUGGGAUAUUGGUGUAGCCACUAUGAAAGUGGGUGAACUGUGUCAGCUCAUCUGUAAGCCCGAGUAUGCAUAUGGUUUGGCUGGGAGUCCACCCAAGAUCCCCCCUAAUGCUACCCUUGUGUUUGAGAUUGAACUUUUUGAAUUCCAUGGUGAAGACCUAACUGAAGAUGAAGAUGGGGGAAUUAUUCGUCGCAUUAUCACCAAAGGGCAAGGGUACUCCAAACCCAAUGAAGGAGCGUCUGUGGAAGUUAGUGUGGAAGGCACACUGGAUGAACAUGUGUUUUAUGAACGGGAACUGAAGUUUGAGGUGGGAGAUGGAGAAAGUUUUGAUUUACCGGUAGGAGUAGAAAAGGGCAUCAUGGCAAUGGAGCAAGGAGAGGAGGCACUCUUCACUAUAAAACCUAAAUACGGUUUUGGAAUUGCAGGAAAUGAAAAGCUUGGUGUUCCCGGUGGAGCAACAUUAGUAUAUAAAAUUAAGCUAACGGCCUUUGAGAAGGCUAAAGAAUCCUGGGAGAUGAACACACCAGAAAAACUGGAACAGAGCGUCAUUGUGAAGGAAAAGGGGACACAGUAUUUUAAGGAGGGCAAAUACAAGCAGGCGUCAGUGCAGUACAAAAGGAUUGUGUUGUGGCUGGACAAUGAGUCAGGUCUACAGGAAGAGGAUGAGAAGAAGGCCAAAGCUCUGCGUCUGGCUGCUCAUCUCAACUUAGCCAUGUGCUAUCUGAAGAUCCAGGAGCCCAGCCAUGCUCUGGACAGCUGUGACAAGGCUUUGAUGCUGGAUCCCACAAAUGAGAAGGCCUUGUUCAGAAGAGGAGAGGCUCUCUUUGGCAUGAAGGAGUUUGACCGAGCCAAGGAUGACUUUCAGAAGGUCAUUCAGCUGUAUCCCUCCAACAAGGCCGCCAAAAGCCAGGUGGCAUUAUGUCAGAAACGUCUAAAGGAGCAGCAUGAGAAGGACAAACGCAUCUAUGCUAACAUGUUUCAGAAGUUUGCAGAGAGAGACUCAAAGAAAGAAGCUGGCGCAAAGACAGAAAACAAAGAGAACAGUAGCGAGUCCAUGGAGGUGGAAAAUGGACAAGGGGAGACGGAAGUGAAGGAGUAGCAUCUUCUGACAUAAUGGGACAUUUGCGUGUUUUGUCCUGCGGUGUGAAUGCGAGUGAUUUGAGAAAGACGAGCAUGUAUGGGGAAAAGAAGGCACUGAUUCUGGGCAUGUCUUUGCUGGCUUACUGUCCAGGCCUAUAUGUGGCAGCUGUCGAAUGAAAAGAUUUAAAUAUGUGAAGAAAUACGGCACUUACCCCGCACCGCUUCGGACCUGUGCAUGUGGUUUCACUUUUGGGGGAGGAAAAUAGAUCCAUCCAAUGAAAUACUCCCCCGUUACCCGUUAAGGGCUAGACGCGUUUACUUGCACUACUGUCUUUCCCGCUUCUCCCAAAAAUUCUGGCCAUCUCUCUUCUUAACUGGGCCUACUGAUCAAUUUUAGUAGUUGGCUUUUGUUGGUAGUUUUUGUGUUUUUUAAAGGGCCUAUAUUACACAGAUUUUUGAUACGUUGUAAUUUUGUUACCUCCUCAAAACAUACCUGGGUUUGUUUUGUUUCAUUCACACAUGUUUAACACAGAAACCCUGCAUAUUCAGGAGUUAUUUUCUCAAACUGAAAGCUGAAUUGUUUGAGCCUCAUUUAAAGUUCUUUGCUUCUCAGUCUGCGAUAAAAAAUUACUAUAAAAAAUAACUUUAAAACUACCACUUAUCACAAGGCGGAAUUUACCAUUUUGAGCUUUAGAGAUGUAGCCAGUCCAGUAAUUCAAGGUUACUCUAAUGUUUGAAACAAUACACAUUUCGGGGUACGUUUAUGAUGAAGUAAGAAUGUUCUAACAUGGUUAUAAGUUCACAUUACUCAUACUAGGGUAAUAUAGGACCUUUAAGGAGUGCCUGUGUCCCUAAAAGUACGUAUGUAGCACUGUGGCGUUCUGGAAAGUUGGCCUUGAAUAUUGAUCAGACACAUUCUCUUUCUUAAUCUGUUAUACUGUAGGUACAAGACUGUUCAACUUUUUGCUUUGAUAAUUUUGUAUUUUUGCCCAAAGUGUUGUGGUUAUUCCCAAGAUAAUACAUGCAACGUACAGCUUAACUGGAAUCUGUAUAUAACAAGCAGUUGAUGAUCAUAUGUAAUAAAUGGCAAAUUGUACAAAGA